AUGGCUCUACAGGAGAAAGAGCAUCAUGAAAAUAAGGUGCGUGUGAAACAUUUUACUACACUGCCAAAUGGAGAGUAUAUGCCGAAGUGGGAUGAUGAAGUUGAUGAUGGCGAUGUGACAAACUUGGUUCUGGAUAUACGUAAUGAUUGUAUAAAUCGUGGAUUUUGGGAUGUCACAGAAGAAUCUCCAGCUACUACAAGAAUGAAGCGUCCUAAAUCUGUCCCCGAGACUGAUGGUGAGAGUUCUAAAAAGAAGAAAGCUAAUGAUACAAAAAGUGUCCAGAUUGAGGAAGAUACUAGUAGUCCAAGUGAAAAAAUUCCUGUGAACCAGCUUUACACUCUGAUGAAGACAGUGAUAGGAAAACUGGAUAACAUAGAUACAUCGGUCGAAUCAAAGGUUGGUGCUCUUCUCGCUCCUAUGAAUGAGAGGUUGGCAAAAAUGGAGAAGGACUUUCAAAAGAUGAAAGAAAAAGAUGCAGCUGAUGAGAGAAAAGAAGAUGCAAAUUCCAACAUUGACGUUAAUGAAAAUGCUGAAAUAAAUAGCAAAGAAAUGUCUUGGAUGGUGGAGAUGAAUUCCACAUCACAAGAUGGUUUACCUUCUCAACGUGUUGUCAAGAAAGCAAGGAAGGCAAGCAAAAAAUGUGAAGAUAUGGGACUUGACAAAAAAAAAGGUUUCGAUAAGAAGGUUUUGAAAACCAAAAUACAAGUGCCACAUUUACUUGAUAACGCCUCAGGGGAUGAAACAUGGUCUGAUCCAGUGCAACGUGACAAGGCUAGAGAUCUCAGUGACCGUUUAGAUGUCUUUGUAGCCAUGGCUAGAAAGCUGAAUAAGCCUACUCCUACACCUUCCUCACCUCCGCACAAGCGCCAAACUAAGCUAGCAUCAUCUCAGCUAUUUCCUUUCAUAGGAAACUCCACCGUGAGGCGCAUCAUCACAGGUGUAACACCAUCUGUCUCAGCAUAUGAUCCGUUUGCUGAUGUCGACGAUGAUAAAAUGAGGAAUUUACUGCAUUUUCUACUGGAUGAUGAGCAAAAAUCAGACAAAACCUGUACUAAUAGUACAGAAUUCUAUAAGGUGAUAAUAACUCCAAGAAAGCAGUGGCGUACAUAUAAUUAUGGCUGGUUGACUAACAUGAAUAGAGAUCUCCGAGUUAUCCAAGGAAGGAAGAAGAUGGGAGCAUUCGAGGAUAAGGUGAAGAUGAGGGCAAUUGAGCUGAAGCUUCUGUUGAAGAAAGGUAUCAAAGUCGUGGGCAAAUCUUGCAAGAAGGGAUGGUCCAAAGUCAAAAAGCUUCGUCGAUGA